CUCAAAUCUGGGAACGCUCGUUGCAAGAUGAAGACCCUCAUUGUCGCUGUUGCCCUCAGCAGUCUCGCAUUCGCAACCCCGCUAGCCCCGUGGGAAGCAUCCGCACCGCCCCCAGCGGGGACUACAUUCUAUCAACUGCAAGCAAAAACCUCCAGCGCCCCCUCCGCCAACAACCAAUACGUCCAGUACCCCUCCAACCCCUCCCAGUAUCGAUACCAACUUAGCAAGCCUGGCGGAGAGAACGCCGGCACGCCCGCCAAAUUCUUCCUGAGAAAGUACGAAGCGACAGGCACCUACGCUAUCCACAACAGCGACGACACGCGGCAGAUAGCUCUAGCGGGGGACGACUCAGUUCUCUUGUAUCUUACAGACGCGACGAAUCCGAGCGCAGGUAACAUUCCUGGAGGGCAGUUGAUGGAAUGGGCGACGUUCACUACAGAAGGGAACGUGUUGGGCGUGAAGGAUGGGAGUGCAUUAACGAAUCGGACUUUUGUGGCGGUUAGGGGCACGAGUGAUUCGUGGUUUGUUGCGCUUUAUGACGGUGUGAGUAGCUCGAGGGAGAUGAUCUAUCCGAUCACGCUCAAUCUUGUCAAGGUGGCCUAGAUGGUGAUUGAGACGUAAUGAAAGAGGU